AUGUCCAUCGAAGUGUUCGAUAAGUACUUCCAGGAGGGGCGGAAGAUAGUUACCGUCAAGGAUGUUGAGCCGGAGAAGUUUAUCAAGGCCUUCUCGCAGCACCUGAAGCGACAAGGACGCUUCGAGCUGCCGAAGUGGGCCGAUGUUGUCAAAACCAGCAGCUUGCUUUGGGUUCGUGCUUUGGAUAUUAGGGCUUUGUACAGGGUGAGGAUCGAGCUGCGGAGUUGUGCCCGGCUCUCUUUCAUGAAUCACCUUGAAUGUGGGAGUGCCAGUCGGAAAUUGUUGAUUCCCGAAAUUGUGUGUUUGGCCGACAGGGUAUGGGAGACAAUGCAUAUCAGGAGGCUGAAUGCUAUGUGUACUUGGAGAUGCUGA